AUGCUUGACAAGCUCAAGCCCGUGCAGUUCGAUUCGGUAAUGGCGAUCAGCAUGACCGUGGAGUGGCUCCGGGAGCAACUGGAGACGCGCAAAGACUGCCUCUUGGUCAUGGACUGCCGAGCGCAAGAGCUCUACGACUCCUUGCACGUUGAGACUGCGAUAAAUGUGGCGAUACCGAGUCUCAUGCUCCGUAGACUGAAGAAGGGCAAUCUCCCCAUGAAAUCUCUUCUUUCAAACGGCGAGGACCGGGAGAAAUUUGCACGGAGAUGCAAGACUGAUACCAUUGUUCUGUACGACGAAUACAGCAGGGAAUGGAACGAAAACGUCGACGGGGGCUCAGUUCUGGGUUUACUGCUGAGGAGAAUGAAAGACGAGGGAUACAAGGCAUAUUAUCUUGAAGGUGGUUUCAGCAAAUUCCAAACUGAGUUUCCUGCCUUGUGUGAGACCAAUCUGGACGGCAGCUCCCACAGCAGUUCUCCCACGGCCCAGGUGCUGGGCCUCGGGGGGCUGCGGAUAAGCUCCGACUCCUCAGACAUUGAGUCCGAUAUCGACCGAGACCCAAGCAGCGCAACUGACUCGGACGGCAGUCCUCUCUCCAACCCCCAACCCUCGUUUCCUGUUGAAAUCCUCCCGCACCUAUAUCUAGGCUGUGCCAAGGACUCGACAAACUUGGACAUUCUGGAGCAGUACGGCAUCAAGUACAUCUUGAAUGUGACCCCCAACCUCCCCAACUUGUUCGAGAAUGCAGGGGAAUUCAAGUACAAGCAGAUCCCCAUCUCAGACCACUGGAGCCAGAAUCUUUCCCAGUUCUUCCCAGAGGCCAUCAACUUCAUAGAUGAGGCACGUGGUCAGAAAUGUGGCAUCCUGGUCCACUGCCUGGCAGGCAUCAGUCGCUCCGUCACCGUCACAGUGGCCUACCUCAUGCAGAAGCUGAACCUCUCCAUGAACGAUGCCUAUGACAUUGUCAAAAUGAAGAAGUCCAAUAUCUCGCCCAAUUUUAACUUCAUGGGCCAGCUACUGGACUUCGAGCGCACCCUGGGACUCAAGAGCCCCUGCGACAACCGGGUGGCCACCCCGUCCCAACCCCUGUACUUCACCACCCCAACCAAUCACAACGUCUUCCAGCUGGACCCUCUGGAGUCCACGUGAGAACGCACCAAGGCCAUCCCCCUACUGGCACUGCCAAGUUCCUCUUUUUUGCCACCUGUUGCGACAGGGAUUGUGACAUUGUUGACACAGUUGGCUUGAGGUGACGGCUGCCAAGUGUGGCUGCUGAAGGUCCAUGGGUCUGCCCGGAGCUCCGUGCAGCUCCUGCAACACCGGGAGAGAACCAGAGGACGAGGGAAGAGAGACAUGAGAAAGUGAAAGCAUAGACACUUUCUAUAACCCUAUAUUGCUAACUGAGCUUUCUUCCCACUAUGUUUUUUGUCAGCAAGUAAGUGAAUCGAUGGACAAUUGUGCAUUAAACUCCACGUCAAAAGGCUGGUGUGCCAAAGAGACUUGCUACAUGCUUGUUUUAAGUGGAAAUGUAUAUACAUGCAUAUAUAUAUAUAUAUAUAUAUAUAUAUAUAUAUAUAUUACUUAUAUGUUUUCUGGGGGUAGCACUUGCACCUGUGAGGCUAUUUUGGGGUGCGUAUCUCUUGUCUUCAGUGAAGACUUGCCUGUUCAGGGAUGAUACACCCCAGGGUUAUAUGGCACAGUAUAUUGAACUCAAUUUUACAUGUGUGGAGUCGUUUGAAACUUUAUACACAUGUAAAUAUCUUUAAUAUAAAAUACAACAGUUGAGCUUAGUGUAUACCCUUUGCAACAAGUGGGUACAGAGUAUCUUUUUUUCAUUACUAUAUGUAAGCAAACAAACUCGAUUUUGAUCAGUAUCUUUAAGUUGAUUAUGCCAAAAAUCAUGUUUUUUUUAAGAAUCUUACAAAUGUGUGUAUAUAGUGUGUGGGUGUAUAUAUAAUAUAUUUCAUAUUUGCUUUGUGUGAAUUCAGCCGACAGGCCUUGUUUGCAUCCACCCUCACAUGAUUCAAGUUCACCUUUUUGAAUGCCUUAGUUUUGUACAUAGAUGCAUUAUUACGCAUUAACCCUCAAAGUAAUUCCCCUGAGCUAUGCUCAUCAUUUUCCACAAUCGGUUCUAGUCAAAUAACUUUUAUACAACCAGCUUGUUUUUUGAUCCUGAAUCCUUCUUAGGAAAGCACUGGUCCAUUUGACAGUGCGUCAAGGAACAUACAUUGCUAAGUUUGAGUUGGGGUAGUGGUUUUACUGGAACCCAUAAGAGAAUGAUAAUCAUGUCUCUGCUGUUUGAUUUUAGAGAAAGCAUACUAAAGGUGUGCCAGACUCUCCCUUUGAUAUGUCGACAAAGCAGAUGGCCUACCAUGUCUUGUUUGUUAAGGGACAAUCAUAUGAAACAAAGUAGUUUUUACCCAGAAAAGGUUUGUUUAUUCUGGAGAGGCUUGUCUGCUCUCAGCGAGAAGGCCUGUUCAAUGUGGGGCUCUUAUCUGUGAAUCUCCAACCCACCACCAAUCCACACUCCUCUCUUACGAAUGUAAAGAAACGAUAAGUUAUUAAUAAAUUGCUAUUUUGUCUACAAA